UCCAUGACUUCAUCCAACAGUGCCGUGUCUCGUAGAACGGGAUUCACAUAGUUAUAUAAAACCCUACAAUCAUCCCAUAAAUUGUCUACCAGAGCUUCCCCUUACAAUCACUUCAUUUAUUUAUCUGCCCAACACCAAAUUGUCCGGUCGCAAUGUUUCAAGGCCUUGUUCCAGGUCUCGACGUCCUUGCUGUCGGGCUUAUAGCUCUCCUGAUUGCAGACUACGUCCGAGUGUCUCUUCGUCAGGGCCUCAGAACGCUCCCUGGGCCAGUGCUCGCUCGAUUUACCUAUCUAUAUCGACUUCUGAUGGUCUAUAAUGGCGAUGCUCCUGCUAAUUAUCAGAAAAUUCACCAAAAAUACGGGCCCAUAGUGAGAGUCGGACCCAAUGAGGUCUCUGUCGCGGAUCCGAACAUGAUAUCCGUUAUAUACGGGAUAGGGAGCAAGUUUACCAAAACCCCGUUCUAUGCCACAAUGGCACCCGUUUAUCAGGGCGAAAUUAUGGACAGCAUGUUCACUACCCGUGACCCCGUUUAUCAUAAGCAUCUCAAGAGUUCCGUGUCCCAGAUCUUUUCAAUGACCAAUAUGAAAAAUUUCGAGGUCUACGCAGACGAAUGCACCCAAAUAUUCAUGGACGCGAUGCUCACUCUCGAAGGUCAAUCACUUGACUUUUCAAACUGGCUCCAGUGGUAUGCUUUCGAUGUAAUUUCUGCUAUCACAUUCCAGAGACGUUUCGGGUUUAUGGAGCAGAGACGUGAUGUCGAUGGUAUGAUUGGUAAAAUCGAUAUCGGCCUACAAUACGUGAAGAUAAUUGGCCAGUUGCCGCUUUUGAUUCCGUUAUUGCGCGGUGCUUCGCUGAACAGGCACUUUCAGCGGCUGAAUUUGCUGCCGGAUACAUUGGGCCGGUUCAUGAAGAUCACAGAAGAGGAAAUUGGUCGAUAUGAGAACAGCGCUGAGAAUAGGAAAGCUGGACGAAAAGAUUUCCUUGCCCAAUUGAGAGAAAAAGAGGAACGUUCCGGCAAAAUUUCCCACAGGGACAUGAUGAAUCACCUAUCUAACAACCUUCUCGCUGGGAGUGACACCACUGCAAUUUCCCUACGUGCUAUGAUCUAUUACAUAGUUCAAACUCCUCAAGUAUACGACAAGAUUCAACGCGAAAUAGACGAGGCAGACUGACAAGGCCAGCUUUCGAAGUUUAUCACAUAUGAGGAAUGCUUGAAAUUGCCAUACUUACAAGCAACAAUGAAAGAAGCAAUGAGACUACAUCCAGGCGUCGGAUUUCCGCUGGAGAGGUAUGUACCUCCUCCAAGUGCAGAGAUUUGCGGCCAUAGAUUACCCGAGGGAACAAACGUCAGCAUCUGCGCCCCCGUUAUCCAUCAGAUCAAAGAUAUCUAUGGCGAAGAUGCCGAUGGCUUCCGACCUGAACGAUGGCUUGAGGCAUCACCAGAGGCGCUAAAGGCUAUGGAUCGGUAUUUCCUAUCGUUUGGGCAUGGCGCGCGGACGUGCAUCGGCAAAAAUAUAUCUAUAAUGGAGAUGGGAAAAUUUGUACCACAGCUACUGCGCCAUUUCAAAAUUUCAUGGGCAUCACCUUUGCCUGAGUGGCAAACCCAUGCAUCCUGGUUUUGGAAGCAAUCCGGGUUAAUAGUACGUUUAGAGAGACGGGCAGCUGAUUGAGAUAUAAAUGGUGUCAAUAUAAACUGUGUCAGUGCUAUGCCUUUGUGCAGUAUCAGCUCAAUCGUCUAAUGAAUUAAUGGGUGUAUCAUCCUGGAAGAGAUUAUUCCGACAUGUUCAGUGACUGGACCUGCUGGUAGCUGAG